CGCCCACCCCCGCGUGUGCUGGGAAUGGUACGUCCCAAGGCCCCGGUUUAGUGGUCGCUUGGCACCUGGGCCCGGGCAGUCCUGCUCUGCCACCUGCUGGCAUACAAAGGCCGGUAGGGGGGGAAACCGGGAGGUGUGAUCGGGGCCCCGGGAACUGGGUCAGCUGAUGGUGGGGGAGAAAGAGAGGAGCGCCUCGGUGUAUCAUGCUGUGAAUGAAUCGUGACAAUUGAUAGGAUGAGCGAGUUAAAGGAUUGCCCGCUGCAGUUCCACGAGUUCAAGUCUGUGGAUCACGUGAAGCUUUGCCCCAGGUACACGGCGGUGCUGUCUCGGUCAGAAGACGAUGGCAUCGGAAUUGAAGAGCUGGACACCCUUCAGCUGGAACUGGAAACACUCCUGUCCUCGGCCAGUCGGCGACUACGUGUGUUGGAGGCGGAGACACAGAUCCUGACAGACUGGCAGGACAAGAAGGGAGACCGGAGGUUUCUGAAGCUCGGGAAAGAACAGGAACCCGGCACGCCCAUCAAACAUAAACCCAAGAAGCCAAAGCUCGAAGGAAAGGGAAGUCAUGCGUCGGGGCAAGGCCCAGGAAGACCCAAGUCCAGGAACUUACAGCCAAAGAUCCAGGAAUACGAAUUCACAGAUGACCCCGUGGACGUGCCCAGGAUUCCCAAAAAUGAUGCUCCAAAUAGAUUUUGGGCCUCGGUGGAGCCGUAUUGCGCCGACAUAACCACAGAAGAGAUCAAAGUGCUGGAAGACCUUCUGAAGACUCCAGAUGAUGAGGCUGAUUACUACAAAAUCCCUCCCCUGGGGAAGCACUAUUCACAGCGCUGGGCCCAGGAGGAUCUGCAGGAGGAACAGAAGGAUGGAGCCAGAGCUUCCAUGGCAGCAGACAAGAAGAAAGGGGCCCUGGGGCCACUCACUGAGUUGGACUCCAAAGAUGUCGACUCGCUCAUGAAGAAAUCUGAAUCUCAGCAUGACCAGCCCGAGGACGGCUGCCCGUUCGGUCAUUUGACGCAGCGUCUGUUGCAGGCUCUUGUGGAGGAAAAUAUAAUUUCACCUAUAGAAGAUUCUCCAAUUCCGGAUAAGGAAUCGGGACUGGACGGAGCCAGUACCUCGCCUCGAAGUCAAAUGAAACCUUUUAGCGCUCCGCAUACCAAGUCGUUAGAGAUCCGGAUUAAAGAGGAGUUAAUAGCCCAGGGCCUGCUGGAGUCGGAGGAUCGGCCCGCUGAGGACUCGGAAGAUGAAGUGUUGGCAGAGCUGAGGAAGAGGCAGGCCGAGCUAAAGGCUCUCAGUGCCCACAACAGGGCUAAGAAAGUAGAGCUGCUAAGGUUGGCAAAGGAGGAGAUGAAUAAACAAGAACUGAGGCACAGGGUGCGCAUGGCCGACAACGAAGUCAUGGACGCCUUCCGAAAAAUAAUGGCCGCUCGGCAGAAGAAGCGGACCCCGACCAAGAAGGAGAAGGACCAGGCUUGGAAAGCUCUGAAGGAAAGGGAGAGCAUCUUAAAGCUGUUAGACGGGUGAACCCCGGACCGGUGAAGGGACUCCAUUUUGUUAAUGUGGUGUUUUAGGCCGUUUUAGGCCUAACCUGCUACUAAUUGUUCUGAACGAUUGCGGUAAAAAAUACUCCAAUCCGAACCCCACGGGAGAAAGUCGAGUGAAUGGGGAAGACUGUAGAGUGGUCUUGAAUGACUGCAUGUCUAUAUAUGUGACCAUGGUAUGGAUGGUCCAUAACCGACCGAUUCCAGUACUCUGCUCGAUUCCCGGUUGUUGGAUCUACCCAGUUUGGCCGAUUCCUGGUUGUUGGAUCUACCCAGUUUGGCUGAUUCCCGGUUGUUGGAUCUACCCAGUUUGGCCGAUUCCUGGUUGUUGGAUCUACCCAGUUUGGCCGAUUCCUGGUUGUUGGAUCUACCCAGUUUGGCCGAUUCCUGGUUGUUGGAUCUACCCAGUUUGGCCGAUUCCUGGUUGUUGGAUCUACCCAGUUUGGCCGAUUCCUGGUUGUUGGAUCUACCCAGUUUGGCCGAUUCCCGGUUGUUGGAUCUACCCAGUUUGGCCGAUUCCUGGUUGUUGGAUCUACCCAGUUUGGCCGAUUCCUGGUUGUCGGAUCUACCCAGUUUGGCCGAUUCCUGGUUGUCGGAUCUACCCAGUUUGGCCGAUUCCUGGUUGUUGGAUCUACCCAGUUUGGCCGAUUCCUGGUUGUUGGAUCUACCCAGUUUGGCCGAUUCCUGGUUGUUGGAUCUACCCAGUUUGGCCGAUUCCUGGUUGUUGGAUCUACCCAGUUUGGCCGAUUCCUGGUUGUCAGAUCUACCCAGUUUGGCCAUAGAUGAGAAGAUCUGGCCGGAGAACAACGGGACUGGGAAUAUCGUCAGCCCAGUACAUUCUGGGUGUGUGAUUGUGAUUAUAUGUCAAUCGUUUUCUUGUACCUGUUUGUGUUUAUCGUGUCUCUAGAACGACUUCCUUUUUUAUUCUUUUGACUGUUUCAAUAUUGUGUUUAUGGCUGUUUUUUUUUUUUUUUUUUUUUUUUUUUUUUUUUUUUUUUAUUGAUGAAACUUUACGUGAGAAUAUUUUCAAGGAGAUAUUGAUAAAAUAAAAAUAUGACACACAA